GCUAACUUACUCCCCACGCAAACUGGCCAACCACCUACGCAAAAGUGGCGAAAUAAGUCCCCAAAAAGCCAUUACACCUAACACAGGCUAAAUUGCUCCUACUACUACUCAACACCCUCCAAAACGUUUAACAACUCCUUUCCCAAGACUCCUUAUCAAUCACCAACUACUACCCCAUGAGCGUUCCCUCCAACAGCAUCAUCAUCGUGGGUGGCGGCUUGGCAGGCUUGUCUGCUGCCCACCAGGCGUAUCUCCGCGGAGCCAACGUGGUUCUUGUGGACAAACAAGGGUUCUUGAGCGGAAACAGUGGCAAGGCCACGUCGGGAAUCAACGGGUCGUUGACCCGCACCCAGGUGGACCUUGGCAUCAAGGACUCGGUGGACCAGUUCUACAAAGAUACCUUGGAAACUGCCAAAGACCGCGCCAACCCCGAGUUGAUCCGGGUAUUGACCCACCACUCGGCAGACGCCAUCCACUGGCUCCAGGAGGUGUUCGAGUUGGACCUCAGCGUGGUGUCGCGGCUAGGGGGGCACUCGCAGCCCAGAACCCACCGCGGCAAGGACUCCAAGUUUCCAGGCAUGGCCAUCACCUACAAGUUGUUGGAGUCGUUGGAGCGGUUGGCAGAGGUGGAGCCCCUGCGGGUGGCGAUCAAGAAGAACUGCCAGGUGCUCGACUUGAUCACCGAGGGAGAUCGCGUGUUGGGAGUCAAGUACAAGAACUUGAAGGAUAAGUCCAAGCACGAGCUCCGUGGACCCGUGAUCAUGAGCACAGGAGGCUACGCUGCUGACUUCACCAAGAACUCGCUUUUGCGGAAGUACAGGCCAGAUAUCAUCGAUUUGCCCUCUACCAACGGGGUGCACGCCACAGGCGAUGGCCAGAAGAUCAUCAUGAAGAACAACGGCGUGGGCAUCGACAUGGACAAGGUCCAGGUGCAUCCCACGGGGUUGAUCGACUUGGACGACUCCGACACCAUCAAUGGCAAGCUGAGUCCGCGGUUCCUCUUUCUUGGAGCCGAGGCCUUGCGUGGCGAGGGUGGCAUCAUGUUCAACGCCAAGGGCCAGCGGUUUGUCAACGAGCUAGGCACACGCGACUACGUCAGUGGCGAGAUGGAGAAGCAAAUCAAGCAAGGAAAUGGCCCCAUCAGGUUGGUGUUGAGCGAGGAAUGCGAAAAGAGGUUGGCGUUCCACGUUAAGCACUACAAAUCGCGCAACUUGAUGAAAACCAUCACGGGAGCAGAAUUGGUCAACGAGCUCGGAACUGACGAAAAGUCGUUGGCGGCCCAGUUGCACACUUACAACCAGGCUGCCAAAGGCGACAUCGACGACCCCUACGGAAAGAAAUACUUUCCUGCCACUCCGUUUGUGUUCGACAGCCACGCCAACUACCACGUCUCCUACAUCACGCGGGUGUUGCACUUUACCAUGGGAGGUGUCAAAAUCAACGACAAGUCGCAGGUGUUGUACGAGGCCGAUGGCAAGUCGCAGCCGUUCCAGGGAUUGUACGCAGCAGGCGAGUUGGCUGGCGGGGUCCAUGGCCACAAUCGGUUGGGAGGAUCGUCACUCUUGGCGUGUGUGGUGUACGGUAGGCUUGCAGCCGACCAGGCGUCCAGCUUUAAUUUGCAAAAAUUGAGCUCGGCCAGCCGCGACGAUGUGGCUGCGAAUAGAUUGAAGAUGGUCCAUCUCCACAUUGACCCCGAGGCUCCAGGAAGAGUGACUAUUGAGUGGGGAAAUGGAGCAGAUGGCUCGCACCCACAGACUGGCUCCAGCUCCGAAUCGAGUACUGGUACUGAUUCCGGCAAGGGAGCAUCCAGCCUGGCCAGUCCACCACCCGAAUCUUCGGGUGGUUUCAAGCAAUUCGAGAUCCCCUCGAAAGAGUUCACUCCUGAGGAGGUUGCCAAGCACAACACGGCCCAGGACUGCUGGGUGAUCAUCAAGAACGUGGUACUUGACUUGACGCCCUUCCUCAAAGACCACCCCGGAGGUGAGAACUCCAUCAUCAACUAUGCUGGCAAGGACGCUACCGAGAGCUUCGAAAUGUUACACGAGGAUAACUUUAUCCAAAAGUACACCCAGGACUGUGUCCUUGGAAGAGUCAAAGGAAAAACACCCGCUUUAGACCUCUAGCUAAAGUUUAUGGAAUAUAUAGUAUGUGACUUAGUGUAGCCACCCAACGUGGACCAGGACUCGAAUCAGCCAGGCUCGACAAUGCGAUU